AUGGACGAGGCCCGCGCCCGCCGCCUGGCGACGGUGCACGCGCUGUUAGACGGGUACGGGAGCCUCUCAGUGCCGACGCUGCUACGCCCUAUGGCACCGGACUUCACGCACCAAGUAUUACCGACGAGUCUAGGGAUGAGGGCGCGGAACAGGGAGGCGUUUGCGCAGCACGCGGCUGGGAUCUUCAGCGUCUUCGAGGAAUUUAGGAUGGUACCGAAAUCGAUCGUCCUAGACGACGGGCCGGCCAACACGGCCGUCGUGCACGCGCGUAUGCAAGGGAUACUGAAGAGUGGCGCCGGCGAGUGGAUUAAUGAGUGCGUUAUGAUUAUCCGCCUCUCCCACGACGGCGAUCAGGUCCGGGAUAUCAUGGAGUUUGUUGAUAGCGCGAAGGCGCUUGAGAUGGCCCGGAAACACGCCCCGGACGAUUUUGGGUGCUGUGCUUUGGAGCCUAUCGACCGCCGGAAGGGGAUGAGUGGGAUGAGUAAGGGGGAGGCGGGUGAAGAUGAGACGACGACGACGAAGUCGAUGACGUUAUUGUUUGGACUAGGGCUCGCCCAGGUUAUUGUGGUAAUAAUUCUGUUGUAUUUGGCUCAAGGUUGGGUCUUUUGA